CGGCGGCCCGAGACCGACUGAUUCUCUCUCGGACUGUGAACUUUAAAAACUUUUCUGUCCAGCGGGUCUUGAGCUUUUGGGGGUUCUAUAAUCACUUAGUGAGCUUCUAUUGACUAUCAUAAUCACACAGUGGAUAAUUUCAACGAUAACUUGUGAAAAAUACCGUCUUUAGUGUAUACAAUCUAUUUUUGGUGAUUUUUUUAGUUUUCUGUUCUGUUUUUAAUUUCUGUGUUCCUAUUAUGUCAUCACUCUCUGUUGUGUGUAUCAUGUGACACAGCAAAGCAAACGACAACAACAAAAUGAGCAGUGUAAUCUGAUUGGCUCACUUUGGAAUUUCCAUCUCAAUCCAGCCAACGGCAUUCUUCCUUUCUUCAGCCAUUGGCAGAAACCAAAGAUAUAUCCCAAAAUAGUCUUGCCAAGCUCAGAACACGCUCUUGGGUGCAUGGGAGGAUUUUUUUUAAGAAUGCACAGAUUUCUCGGAAUUGAGCCUCCACCACAGAAAAAGCUGAAAACUCCAGAAGAAAAAAGAGACGGUAACAAACUUUAUGAUAAAGAAAAACGAGUAAGAUCUUUUCAACCCAGCUGGCAAACUGCAUUUUCUUGGCUCAUUCAUGACCAAUCCAACAAUAAGCUGUAUUGUAAAGUGUGCAGAAGUGUAUAUGGACCUUUGGCUGUUAAUGGCAAGAAGACAGUGAGUAAUAAAUUCAGUAAAUAUGUUGGUGGAACCUUUGUAACUGGGUCUUCAAAUUUCAAGAGAGGUUGUUUAUCUGAUCAUGACGCAUCACAAGGCCACAAAGAUGCACAAACUUAUGUGGAAAAUAGAAGAGCAAAGCCAGGUGAAUCUUCCGCUGAAAAGUGCCUACAGAAUUUAAACCAAGCUGCAUUUGACAGACUGUCCAUUCUAUUUCGUAAUGCUCAUGCUAUAGCCAUGCACUCCUGCUCCUUUAAACAAUUUGUUUGGCUCGCAGACCUUGACGAGGAGAAAGGGUUGACAGUGGGGAAAACUUAUAGAAACGAUAAGCAGUGCAAGAUAUUCAUCAAAGCAAUAGCUGAAGUAGAAAGGCAAAAGAUUGAAGAUGAAUUAAGGAAUGCUAAAUUUAUUUCAGUCUUGUGUGAUGGCUCUGUAGAUGUCUCAGUGACUGAGAAUGAAGUGGUAUAUACACGCUUCUGUAUCAAAGGCAAGGUGUCUGUUUAUUUUGUGGGAAUGCAAGCACUGUCCAGAGCAAAUGCACCUGGGAUAUAUAAAGCUAUUAUGGACUCACUGAUGUUCAAACAUAUGCCCAUAACCGAUAUUGAAAAGAAGUUGGUUGGCUUUGGAAGUGACGGAGCGAGUGUUAAUACUGGCAAACACCAUGGAGUCAUCGCUCUUUUUCACCAGAACAUUUCAACAUCCAUUGUAAUGGUACACUGUAUGGCUCAUGCCCUGGAGUUGGCCUUCAAGAAAUCUGUCAAAAGCAGCCCCCAGGUUCAAAAAGUAUAUGAUAAAAUAUACUCACUGCUAUCAGAGUUAUUCAGCUUUUACCAUACUAGUUCUCUACAGACCCACAACCUCAAGGAUUCUUUUACCACCCUUGGCAUAUCAGAGGCUUUUCCUCAUCGAGUUGGUGGAACUAGAUGGGUAUCACAUCUUAAUGGUGCUCUUAAUCAGGUGUGGAAGGGGUACAAAGCCUUUGUAUUCCAUCUUACACAAGUGGCAGCUGCCCUCAGAUACAGACCAGGCUACAGAUGGUGAUCAUGACACAGCCCAUUUUGAAAGUGACUCUGACGACUCUUGCCUUGGAUCAACCUCAGACUUUUCUGAUUUUUCUGAUACACUUGCAUUAGAAGACGCAUGUGCUGAUUUGUAAACAGCAAUUCACAAUCAAAUGUACACUUUAUGGUCCAAUGUACAUAGACCAAGUAUGAUGUCCAUCAAACAGUUUAACCUUUAAGUGUUUUCAGCUUAGUUUUUGUUUGUCACAGAAAUGACUUAAAGAUGCCAAACAGGAGGAGGCUACCCCUGAAAAGGUGAAAAUGUAUGAUUGCAAUACUGUUAACUGUAUGUUUGAAUUGUUUUCAAAUAAAUCUUUACACAUGCUGUAAUUGUUUUCUUCAAUACGUUUAUUGAU